UUGGUUGUCUUGUUUUCUUUCCAGAUUCGUGGGACUUUGCAUCGAAAAUGGAGGAGAUCCUGUCGCUUGUGAAACAAAUGCAGAAUGCAGGAAACCUGGAUCCAAAAGUUGAAGAACUGGUAACAAGGAUCAAUGAAUUGCAACGAGCCAAGAAGGUAAUCAGCGAGGAGCUCUGUGAGGCAAAUGAACAGAGCACAGAGCUGCAGAAGGAACUGGAAAAAUUGAAUGAAGAAGAGUCGAGGCUUGAGGAACUAUUGAAUGAGAAGAAAGCAGCCCGAAAGAACAUGGAGAGGCACUCUGAAGAGAGAGAAGCAGAGAUGAAGAGACAGCAGAAACUGAACCUGGAAAGCAAGCAGAGGAUCGAGGAGCACGAGGCCAGUAUUCAGGAGGAGAAACUGAAACAAAGAAAGCAGAGAAUGGAAUUUGAGCAGCGACUCGAAGAGCUGAUGGAGAAGCACAGGAGCCUCUGGGAGCAUUACGUAAGAAAGAAGCCAAUGACUGAGGCUGACAAAGAGGAUUUGCUGGCUGAAGAGAAACAGAUCCAGGAGAAACUGGCUCGCGUGCAGGAUGAGCUGGAUUUGCUGAGGUGCUCUCCCUUCCAUGAAGAACUGAGGUUUCUCAAGAGCCCCGAGGCAGCUUGUGCCGUGGAACUGUUUCAAGAGGAAAACAAGAAAGCAAAAGAACAUCUGGAAACAACCACUAAGGAGAAUUCUGAUUUGCAGGAGAGGUGCAGGAGACUAAAAGCCGAGCUGGAAAACCUGGAAGCGCAGGAUGGUGGCCCCAAGGAUGACUAACGCCAGUUUCUGUUUGCUACAGCUGAAGAUGCAGUACAGUAAGUUCAUGGGAUCAGAAGGCACAGUGGAAGCUCACUGAAUGUUGUGCAUGUAGAAGACAUCUAUAAUAACAGCUGAUAAAAGGAAACCUUAUUUUUGACUCCCAGAAAAAUCUUCAUCUGAAUGGACUGCUGUGCUCUUUGCUUCAUUUUCAACUUUCACCAUUUGUUAUUGGGAGUUUAUGAUCUCUGUUAAUAAAGUUUUGCUGGCUGUCUCCAA